AUGUCAUACAGAACAUACAACGAAUUGUGGGCACUGGCCCAGUCUAUUCUGGACGAAACGACCAAGGCGGAUUCGAACCUGCUGACUUGUAAAAUCAACAAAGACAGAGAGGUAGUGUUCGCCGAACUGACCGGCGUCAUGGUCGGUUAUAUAUCGGCCAUCAACAAGCUGGACGAGUGCUACGAUCAGGUAGUGCAACCACAAAAACGUCUUGUCAUCAGAAGCGUUCUCGAAUUAUCCGUGGGCCGUUAUUUGGAACUCAAAAACGACAUGGUGAAUUUGAACUAUAACGAGUUCACGUACUUGGACGCGGCUGUGGCCCAACGAAGGCUGCUCCCCCGGGACGUGGAACUGACGAUUCCGACGCACUACCGAAACGAACGGGCCGACGCGAUCCUGUGGCAGGACAAGUUCAUCGACGACACGCUUAAGAAAACCGGGUUCUACGAAGAGCGGCCGGUUGAGGCGGUCAUGCCGGUCAGGCAGGCCAUACUGUUGAUCCAGCGACACGAGCGGGCCCGGCAAGGUCGGAUGCGGGCCCAAUUCAUGAAGGAGGUGAGGGCCAUGAACAAACCGGACGCGGGCGAAGUAGAGCUCACGGACGCGGCGAGGAAGGCGGCCAUGAAAAUCCAGCGAGUUUGGAGGGGGUUUAUUACCAGACGGAAAAUCAGAAGCCGAGUGGUCGAAGAGAUGCUACUGAUCGGCAUGCUGCCGCCCAACACGAUCGACACGGAGGAACGGCAAAGGGCGGAUGAAGUUAAGCGGGCCAGGCGAGCCGUGCAGACAAUCAGGCGGGGGGAGUACGAACGAGCGUUGUUAGAGGAAAAAGAAAAAAUUAAGCCGCACGUUAAAGAGAAAAUGAAGGAAGAUAUCAGGGACGAGGUGAGGGCUUGGUACAUGGGCGUCAAGUCGCAAACAGGUAAGUUCCCAGAUUUGCCAUCUGAAGAGAGCGGAGGGUCGGCGGUCAUCUACACCAGGUACAAGACGGCCAGUUCUGUCAGCAAAUCCACCAGCCAGUCGUCGUCCAAAGGCACCAAAAGUCACAAGAGCAAGUCGAUAACGAGCGCGGGCAAGGAGAUCAAAGAAGAGAAAAAGAAAAAGUCGGACGACGAAGAAGCUGGGUUUAAAAUGACCCCGUCUAAUUUCUUACAGGAACUUAUGCUGGUCAGUUCGGAGUACGACGAAGUAUGGAAGGGAAUGGACGAGACAAACAAUAUCGGCCAGAGGCAUAUAGAGAGUAUCGUGAGAGCCCAAAAAGUCGCCGAGGUGGAACGCGAACUUCGGAAGCUUGUCGACGUGCAAUUAAGAGCCGAAUUAGAGAUAUUACAAAAUGCGUUGGACAAAGACAAUGCGAUACGAGUGAAGAGAUCGAAAAAACAGAAAAAAGUAAAAAGAAGCAGUAAAAAAACGAAGAAAAAACGUGACAAGGACUUAACUCCCGACAGAACGCUGGAAUCACUUUUUGAAGAACUAGUGAUGAACGGCAUCAUUCACAAAUACCCGAACGUGAGCUUGUCGUCGUUUAAAUGUGACACUUCGUUGGCCGCGUGCGACGUUAUGCGUUGGGACAACGAUCCCAAUCCCACGCUUGGCGAUGUCCGACAGGCUGUCCGAGACUACUGCAUACUGCCGAUGCUGAGCAAAGAGAUACACCAGGCCAGCCCCGUAGUGCGGUCCGUGCUUAUCGCCGGCGUACGCGGAUCCGGUAAGCACACGCUAGUGAACGCCGUGUGCACCGAGCUCGGCGCCACACUGUUCGAUUUGACGUCGGCAAACAUUGUGGGCAAGUAUCCUGGAAAAUCCGGACUGACCAUGCUGUUGCAUCUCAUCAAUAAAGUAGCCAGGUUGUUAGAGCCGGCUGUCAUUUACAUAGAUGAUGCGGAAAAAACGUUUAUGAAAAAAGUGCCAAAAACCGACAAGACUGACCCAAAAAGAUUGAAAAAAGACCUGCCCAAGCUCAUCAAAGCUAUCGGUCCUACGGACAGGAUAUUACUUUUGGGAACGUCCUGUUGCCCUUGGGACUGCGACCAGAAAUCCUUAGCGGCUACAUACGGCAAAAUGAUUGUCAUCCCGCGUCCGGACUACGCCAGUCUGUACCACAUUUGGAACGACCUGUUGUUCCAGUACAGCGGACUCAGUAGAAAAUUCGACGUCAGUAUGUUGGCCAAGUUAUCCGACGGCUACAGCAUCGGAACCAUAAUCAAAGUUUUGCAUGAGGUGAUGACUUGUAAGAGAGUGUUGCAAUUGACCAUUCGCCCUCUGAUGCACGUCGAAAUCUUAAACGCACUCGCUCGACACGAUCCUGUGUAUAAAGAAGAGGAGGAAGCAUUCGUCCAGUGGUAUUCUAGGACGCCGCUGGGUCGCAAAAAGCAAAAAGCAUUGGAAGCCGAAGUGGAAAGGCGGAUGUUAGAAAAUGAAAAGCACUCUGUUAUUAAAUAA